AUGGUUCUGAACGUCAGCAUCAUCGUCUGCCUCGUCAAGCGCUUUGUUCUGAAGAGGAACACUUCAGGCUUAAUACAGCCACUAUCGCUUAGUUCUACCGGCACAGGUAUGCCGGACAUUCGGCCUGAGCAGGCAAAACUGAACCCCCGAACGUUCAGUUUUUCCUGCACAGGCUUAAAACCGCCACUAACACUCUGUUCUACCGGCACAGCUGCUGUUUCUGAAGCUUAUGGGCCUGUUUGGACACCUGGCUUGGACCUUGAGACAAGGAGAACUGGAAGCAUAGACUCUAUAUCAUCUCAAGUGCAUUAUCAGUUCAUUAGUCAGUCUCCAAUGGGUGAAGAAGAAAGAAGAUUCUCCUCAACAACUCACAGUCUCAUGACAGAACUAUCAGAGUAUCAGAAACAGGAAGAAACUCCUCUAACAACAAUACCAACUUCUGAUUACUUCAUCAGCACAGCCAGUCCUCUUAGUAAUUACAAAAGUGACUUGAUUAAUGGAGGAUUGAAUUUAGCAGCACGAAAAUCCCAGUCUUCAAUAUCUCUGACCAAUUUUAAUGAAUUCAUGACACCUGGAGAAUCACAACACGGUCUAGACGACAACAUUUUUAGAAGGAUGAAGGUAAGGGUUCAGUCUCCAGACAUCCCAGAUGUCUGCCCCAAAAGCCCCACAUUAUGCCCUUCAUUGACUCGUCUGCAGAGUUGUGAAAGGACAGUGAGUCAACUUGAGGAUAAUGAAGACAGAAUGUCUUUGUCGUCAAAUCAUAGUGACUCCUCUUACAAAGGCAUUCAGGGGCAAGCAUGUGGGUUCAGAUCUCACACACCUAAAAGCAACGUGCAUCAGGGCAACGCAAGAUGCCCGGCAGCUAUUCAUAAGUCAGAAAGAUUAACGUCUUCUUGUCACGAUAUCAGAAGAGAAGCCAUAGCUAAUAAACCAUGCUUAGGCCCUACUUUUUCCAACAUUUGUUGCUCAACUAAACUCACGUCACAGGUCAUAUAUCACGGUCAGCCACACAUUCAGCAACAACAUGAAGAGGAACAGAAACGUGAGCAUUUGCAGCAUUUACAACAUCAGAAUCUUCAGCAACGACAAAUGUCACAGCAACACUGCCCUCAACUAGAUAAUCAACGGCAAUCCACAGAAAAUACAUCGGAUCAUCAUCGAAUCAUUCAUCAGUGGCCUGACCACCACUACCAAGAACGUCAACAGAAUGUAGACCAUCAGAAUGAUCCUGCUCAUCACCAUUAUCAUAAUCAAGAUCAGCAUUGCCAUCUGCUGCACUCAGAACAUCAUCACCAUGUGCAGCAGCAAUAUUUAGGACACCCUCAUCACGCUGGAGUAAGUGAAGCCCCAGAUAAUCAUCACCAGCAUCGAGAACUCAAUGAAAAUUUAAAGUUUCCAGAAAGGCAGCCUUUCAACCACAGAGAACACGAUGCGCCAUGUUGUCCAACAUCAGAAACCACCAUGUUUCAUCAAACAUUUCCCUGCUGUCAUCAGUCUCAGUUCCAUCUCCAUCAGCCUAAAUAUGAAGAAUACCCCCAACUGCACAAUGAGCAUGCCCAGUACCAAUAUCUAGGGCAUCAAGUCCCUGCAGUCCCACAGGAAAUAUUUCAUAGUUUGCCACGUAAAAUGCGACGGUAUCAUUCUGAAGACCUAGAGUCUCCUAAACUUCACAGAAUCACUCAUUCCACGAGAUCAUCAACUCCUCAACUCUAUCAUCAUCAUGGACCUCCGCAGAGCCUUUCAAGCAAUCCAAUAACCCAUUCACAAAGUGAGCACAGUUAUUUAACACUGUCUCCACAAGGGGAUUACCAGUUUCAUAAAGAUUCGUUUGCUGAACACUCCUUCAGUUACAAGAGAGAAACCCCUGUUCAGUAUUCCAGAGGGCAACCAUCAGGUCUAACUACACGGGAUAUGACCUAUGAUAAUAAUGGUUAUGGUCAUUUUGAAACUACCCUAGAAUUAUGAGCACAAUCGUAGGUUAAUAGUACAAGGAAUCGGCCCACUCAAAGGUUGCCAGGAUCAUAAUGAAUGUGCCCUUCUUUCUCAGUUUUA